UUCACAUGUUGGCCGGACAUUUUGAAGCAGGACGAAUUCGAAGAUCUGAAAUAAUGGAUCGUACUAAAAAUAGCAUUCUCCAAAACAUCCACGAAGAGAUGGUCAAAGGUACGUUCAAUGACCUUGACAUUGUCUGUGAGAAUGGGACAACGAGUGCAAACCGCUUGGUCCUGGCCGCGAUGUCAUCUUACUUCCGGGCAAUGUUAACAUCAGACAUGACAGAGAGUCGGACGGGCAUCUUAAAUCUGCCCACGGUCUCAGUGUCGGUGUUUCAGGAUAUUCUCAAGAUGUCAUUGUGUUCAGUGGAUCUUGUAAACGAAGACAACUGUGUCAAAAUGUUAGACGCAGGCGAAAUGAUGCAGCUUGAUAAUGUCAAAGAUCUGUGUCAUCGUUACCUUAAGGACGGUCUCGUGCUGAAUAUUGAUAACUGUCUACACUGGUGGAGACUUAUGGACCGCUACAAUGUUCCUGAUUUGUCCAACAGAGCAGUCUCUUAUCUGACAGAACACUUGACCGACGUUGUUGAAAGAGAAAGCAUUGUUCAUUUGUCAAAGACAGAAAUUCUAGAAAUAUUGUCUAAAGAUGACUUGAAAUGCAAGGAAGAUGUAAUUAUGAAAGGUGUCAUGAAAUGGCUUGAAGCAAAUACCCCAGAUGCAGAUGAUGUAACACGUAUCUUUGAAAUGAUCAGGAUUGAUCUUGUUGAUCAACAGUUCCUCAUUGAAAAUGUAGUUUUUUCAAAAUUUAUUUCUGAAAAUAACUCUGUUCAGCAAAUGAUAAAAAAGGUGUGGCGUUCAGGUGUUGUGACAAAAGGUUCAAACAGCAGAAUUCAUAACAGGCGUAUAGAUCUCUUUGUUUUACAGUACAACAACACUUCACUUCUGUCUUGCUUUACAUCAGAAGGGACAUGGGAAGACGUUUCACCAGCUCCAGUAGAUCCUGGAUCUUGGUAUUCAGCAGCAAGACUAGGUAACAAGAUCUACAUCACUGGUGGUGGCAGUAGAGGAAAAUGUACGCUCAUUUAUGACGUCUGUAGAAGAGAGUGGAAAACAGGUCCAGAUCUCGAACAACAACGUUGUUAUCACUGCAUGGCCACAACUAAUUCUAAACUGUAUGCAAUUGGUGGGGAGAACAGCAACACGAUUGAAGAGACGAGCGAGAGUGGAACACGCUGGCAGGUUGUUGGAGAUUUGAAACAGAAUAGAGAGCAUGCAUUCGCUGCUACAGUUGGAAACAACGUUCUGGUGAUGGGUGGACGGAGUAGAGGACGUGGAUCAGAUGUUAUCCAGUGUUUCAAUACAGCGACUCACUGUGUAUCUAACCUCAGCGCACGUUUACCAUACAGAUCGGUGUGUGUGACAGGUUCGGUUCACCUCCCUGAUGUAUAUCUGCUGGACGGUGAUGAAAAUGUGAUGCACGUCCAGGUCACUGACAGUGAUAGUGAUAUCAAGAUACAAGUCAAGUCAACAGCGAAAUGGCGAUCAUUUGAAUAUUGGUUUGGCGUGUUAUGGCAGAACGGAAGCUUGCUGUCCUUCAGUGGCUUCAACACUAACUGCGAAAUUAGAAAAUACAACCUGGCUGAAGGGAAAGAGGACAACAUUACUUUUAUAAAAUCAACCAGACGUGGUCGUGUGUAUGGUGUUCUGCCAGUGUAUCAUAAAGCAUAAGAGAUUUUGAGUUGAGUUUAUUCUGGGGCAUAACAUUGUUUGUGUAUUUAAUCUGACUGAUUAAGUGGAUCUCUUCCUAUUAGGAUCUCAGGCUUUAAAUUCUGCACAGAACAUUAUUAGCAGUUUGAUGAAUUUGUUCACAAAACCUGUAGAGAAACAGAAAUUUGAUUUAACACAAAAAAAAUAAAAAAAAUAAUAAUAAAAAUAAAUAAAUAAAUAAAAAAAAUAAAAAAUUCACCAAAAUUAAAAUGCCUUAAGGAAAUGUAUUCAAUUCUUUCUCGAAUUAUCUUUUUGAUUGAUAAAUUAUAUUCGCUGAAAUCAAUUUUAAUUCGUAUUUGGCGAUUUUGCUACCAAAGGCUAAAGACUGGAUCGUGCAUCACUUUGACUAUAGUUUGGUAUGCAACUGGAUUAUGGCUACGUACCUAUAAACCGGGGGAAACGAUUUAAUUUAAUUUGACUAGUUCUAGGUGUUUAAAGCUGCUGUCACUAGUCACAUUGUUAUAACAAUGUUUGCUAGUGCAAAAGACAAACAUAACAACACUUUUUAAUAAACUCGAGCUGGCGUGUGUCUUCACAAUAAACGUACAUCGUGAAAAACGUCUUGUAAUUUUGAAGACAAUAUUAAUGGAAAGGUAUCUUGUCAGUUAUUUCCCUUUAUUGGAUUGGAUCCAUCUCAAAGAGAAAACAAAGAAAAACAAUCGCACUGUACGGAGAACUUUCGUUUAAGAAUGACUGUUUGCAACACAGUGCACUGUGUGCAUUCACACAGGUAUAAAUUCAGUGUUUAACGUAUGUGUAUAAUCAAAUAAUGUGCGUAAUCAAAUCAUGUAUUAUUGGUUGUAUGUGUAAAAUAUUGACAAGUUUUUAUUUCUGUGGAAGAUUUUCUUGUUGGUGUAUGUUCCCCUUUUUUUAUUUUAAAAUUAACAGUAACCAUAAACAUUAUGGUUUGUAUGGAAGGGGAGCAAGCGAUGUGAUAAGGCGUGUCACUGGUAUGGACCACAAUAAAGUAAAGUAAAGUUUUGUUUAACGACACCACUAGAGCACAUUGAUAUACUAAUUAUCGGCUAUUGGAUGCCAAACAUUUGGUAAUGCAGCAAGGAAUCUUUUAUAUGCAGUUUCCCACAGACAGGAAAGAACAUACCAUGGCCUUUGAUCAGUUAUGGUGCACUGGCUGGGAUGACAAAAACCCAAUCAUUUGAAUGGAUCCACUGAGGUGGUUCGAUCCUGCGGCGCAAGGACCUCGAGCGAGCACUUAACCACCUGAGCUAAAUCCCGCCCCUCGGAUCACAAUAGGGAGAUCAGCUCUAAAUGGUUAAAUAUUAAAAUUAGGCAAUAAUGAAAUAAAUCGUGGACAUUUAUACCCGCUCGCCCUAGUUUUUAUAUGGACAGACAAAAACAAGAAACAAACCCCAACAAGAAAACAAAAACAAACAGCAGCAACAGUAAUAACAAACCCCCAUAAUAUUAUUAGAAUAAUUGUUCGAUGCGCGGUAUUUCCAUUAUGUUGUAUACAUUUUGAGGGGGAGAGAGAGAGUGAGUGAGUGAGUGAGUGAGUGAGUGAGUGAGUGUGAGUGAGUGAGUGAGUGAGUGUGAGUGAGUGAGUGAGUGUGUGUGUGUGUGUGUGUGUGUGUGUGUGUGUGUGUGUGUGUGUGUGUGUGUGUGUGUGUGUGUGCGCGCGCGUAUGUGUCUGUGUGUGCUAUUUAAACUACUGGUAUUGGAGCAUGAAAGUAAGAUUUAUUUAAAUUCCAUUUUUCUUUUGUAUUAUUUAAACCAUCCACUGAUAUUAUACGUUAACUGUAAGUACAAAUGCUGUAAAUAUAUUUUAAAGCUAGUUUUGGUGUUUGAAUGUAAACUAUGAGAGACUAGAAUACAGCAUUCGUGGCUGUUAGACACCCUUACGGUCCCUAUGGUAUGUGCUACCCUGUCUAUGGGAUGGUGCAUAUAAAAGAUCCCUUGCUGCUAAUCGAAAAGAGUAGUCCAUGAAGUGGCGACAGUGGGUUUCCUCUCUCAAUAUCUAUGUAUUCCUUAACCAUAUGUCCGACACCAUAUAUCCUUUGAUAUAUGAUGUUACCAUGUGUUACACCUUGUAUAUAUUAAAGGUAUCACGUGUAAUGUUUAUAAAGUAUGUGUCAUCAUAUAUGAUGUUAACCAUGUGUUACACUGUGUAUAUAUUAAGGGUCUCAGGUGUAAUGUUUAUAAAGUAUGUGUCAUCAUAUAUGAUGUUAACCAUGUGUUACACUGCGUAUAUAUUAAGGGUCUCAGGUGUAAUGUUCAUAAAGUAUGUGUCAUCAUAUAUGAUGUUACCACGUGUUACACCGUGUACAUAUUAAGUGUCUUACAUAUAAUGUUUAUAAAAUGUGUGUCAUCAUAUAUGAUGUUACCAUGUGCUACACCGUGUAUAUAUUACGGGUCUCACAUGUAAUGUUUAUAAAGUAUGUGUCAUCAUAUAUGAUGGUACCAUGUGUUACCCGGUGUAUAUAUUAAGGGUCGCAAGUGUAAUGUUUAUAAAGUAUGUGUCAUCAUAUAUGAUGCUACCAUGUGUUACACCGUGUAUAUAUUAAGGGUCUCACGUGUAAUGUUUAUAAAGUGUGUUUUAUCAUAUAUGAUGUUACCAUAUGUUACACCGUGUAUAUAUU